AUGGCCAGAGGAUCGCGGACAGAGGAAGAAGACGGGGCUUGGAGGCCUUCGCCCGCGGAUGCAGCGGGAGAAAGGGCUGAUCAGGAACUGGAAGACGACCUGGAAGAUGGAGCUCCCAAGACCAAAAAGCAAGGAAAAUCUUCCAGGGCAUCCGCCAGUCCUCGUCAGAAAAAGACUGCACGUCGAACAAGGCAUGACGACGAGGACGAGGCUUGGAAGCCGACAGAUGAGGACAUUGAAGAUGAGGAAUUAGAGGUGGAGGAGAUGGUCAACAAUGACCUCCCGCCCCCCAAGAAGCAAUCCCCGGCUACUCCUCGCAAGAAGACGCAGCGGCCCAAGAAGCCCAUCCAGCGGACUAAAACUGAUGACACUUACCAACCCUCGGAUGAAGAGCUCGAGGAUGAGGAGAUUGCGGUGCAAGAGAUGGUCAAUGACCUGGGCGAGGAUUUGGGUGAGCCAGAGCCAGAGUCAAAGCCAAAGAAGAAGAAGUCGCCGCGCCGUAAGCAGCAGCAGCACCGUGUCGAUGAUUCAUGGGAGCCCGAAGAUGAGGAAAUGGAAGAAUUGGACGACGAGGAGUAUGUCGAAAGUGCAGACGAGGAGCCGGCACCUAGCAAGCCUGAAGCUGCAAAGAAGUCACCCAAAGCUAGGCCCAAGACGCCGAGGAUAUCCAAGAAACGGCCUGCUGAGAGUCCUGCCCCAAGUCCCACCGCGCCCAAGGUGGCUGCACGACCCAAGUGGCAGCUCACGGCAGCCAGCAACCAAAGGCCUCCUGACUCUCUAGUCAAGGGCCAGAACUCCAAGGCACCCUUUACCUUUGCGGCGUACCGCGGAGAGGGAGCCUCUAUGCUGGCCAUGAACUGGAAGAAUGGCACGCCUCCGGAUGACUUUGUCGGCUUCGCUAUUGAGUACCGGGAGCCCCAAUCCUCCGAGUGGCGCUCCAUUCCCAACUAUCUCACGUUUCCCGGAGAGGCCCAGAGAGAAGGUCCCGACGCCUUCUCCAGUCGAUAUUCGCCGCAUCAGAGGUUCCGAUGGGUUCACUUCCCAUUCUCCGUUGAGACACCGGGCAAAUUCCACUACAAGGUGACGCCCGUCUUCAUGAAGGGAGGCGAAGGCGACCAUGCUCUCACUUAUGGGGAGGAACAAGAGGUGGCCAUUGAGCUCAUGGCCGAGACGUACCCCGGCAAGAUGAACAUUGCCUUCACUCGAGGCUUUGUCUCUUCCAAGGCUUUCCUCAAGAAGUUUGGCUCGGAUGGUGUGGGAGAUCUCUUGCCGCUAAAGGCCGACGAUGGCCUCGACUUUAAGCCCAAGAAUGCCGAGAUGGAAGAAAAGGCACUGACCUGGAUGGGCUUUGAGGCACGCGAGGUUAUUCUUAGCGCACUCGAUGCAGCUAUAGAGGAUACCACGGCCGAAGUCCGCAUGCUGGCCUAUGACUUUAACGAGCCGGCAAUCGUCAAACGGCUGCAAAAGCUAGGUAAACGCCUCAAGAUCAUCAUUGACGAUUCGAGCUCCCACGACAAGCCAGAGGAUGCCGAGUCCAAGGCGGCCGACAUGCUGCGCAAGACUGCCGGCAAGGACAAUGUCCAGCGCCAGCACAUGGGCAGUUUGCAACACAACAAGGUCCUCGUCGUGGACGGCAAGAAGACGGCCAUUGCCAUUGGUGGAUCGACCAACUUCUCUUGGCGCGGUCUGUACGUCCAGAACAACAACCUCGUCGCCCUGCAAGGAGCGCAGCCCGUCAAGGUCUUCCGGGACGCCUUUGACAACUACUGGGACCACCCCAACGACACGGACGGCUUUUACAAGACGGCAUCUUCGCAGUGGACCGAUCUCGGCCUGGGCAUUGAUGCCAAGGUCACCUUUUCGCCGCACAGCUCCAGUGAAGGCACCCUCGACGGCAUCGCGGCCGACAUCAAGGCCUGCGAGUCCAGCCUCUUUUACUCGCUGGCCUUUCUGUACGAGACGCCGGGCGUCAUUCGUGAUGCCAUUGAGAAGAAGAUGGGCCAAAAGGGCGUCAUGGUGUACGGCCUGUCGGACAAGUCGGUGGGCGGCCUGGACGCGCGCAAGAACGGCAACCCGCCGGUCGCGUACCCAGAGGACUUUGAGGAGGAGUCGGCCGGCGGCUCGGGCGCGCGCAUGCACCACAAGUUUGUCGUCAUUGACUUUGACAAGCCCACGGCGCGCGUCUACACGGGCUCGCACAACUUUAGCAACGCGGCCGACUCCAAGAACGCCGAGAACCUGUUCCUGAUCAAGGACCAGCGCGUCGCCACGGCCUACAUGAUCCAGGCCGUCGCCAUGUUUGACCACUACGAGGUGCGCGACCACGUGGCCAAGAAGCAGGCCGCUGAGAAAAAGGGUGAACGGCACACCAUCCACCUGAGACUUCCGCCGUCCAAGAAGAGCGAUAAGCCGUGGUGGGAUCAGUAUUGGUCCGUCAAGCAAAAGAUCAAUGAUCGUGAGAUGUUCGGUGUUUGA